AUGCUUCUAUUGUAUUUUUCUUUUUUUUAUCUCUUUUUUGCUUUUUUACUUCUUUUAUCAUUUUGUCUUUCUUGUGAUUUGUAUUUUUUCUUCUUCUACUUUCUUUGCUUCUCGAUUUAUUUAUUGUGUUUUUACUUUCUUUCUUUCUUUCCUUAUUCUUUGUUUAUUUUUCUUCUUCUUCUUCUUCUUCUUCUUCUUCUUCUUCUUCUUCUUUCUGUUUUUCUUUUUUACCUGGAUACUUUUUUCCUUUCAUAUUUUCUUCUUCUACGCCUCUCUUUCUUUUUUUCUUUGUUUUUUAUUUGGUAUGUUUUUUCCCUUCACUUUAUAUCUCCUGCAUUUUACUUUUUACUGCUGAUUCAUAUUUUCUUUCUUCUUCUUCUUCUUCUUCUUCUUCUUCUUCUUCUUCUUCUUCUUCUUCUUUGUUCUUUUGUACUUUUUUACCUCUUUCUAUUCUCAUUUAAAAUUUUUUUUUCUCCCCCUACUUCGUCUUCCUUCUUUCUUACUUUCAUUCUUUUCUUCUUUUAUUUUCUUUUGCCUCCCAUUUUCUUUUCUUUUUUUUAUCCUUACUUAUCUUAUUAUUCUUUUUUUAUCAUUUUUUAUUUUCUUUUUUCAUUUUUCUAA